UUACAAGUUUGGGUUGUUCUUGAGGUGUUGGGAUACUACUCUUUUAUCCCCUUAUCUCUAUUUAUUACAAUAACAAGUGUUGACUGUAUCCAACAGGUCUUCCCUACUCUUACGCCGGCUACGUCACUGGAUGUAUGUUUUGAAUAACAAACAUACUCAUGUGGUCUUAUUCACGGCAGUGAUGUUCUUGUUUCCUUGCCCACUACACUUGAAACGGUCAAAUAUAGUGUGACCGGCCAGAGAAGGUAAAUAAGAUUUCAUAAAACAAAAAUUCUAACCGUACUCAAUUGACGUGUCCAUUUUCACCGUCAAAAGAUGAAGCUCAACGGAUUAUGUCUUUUAUCUGUGAUGCUAGUUAGUUCUUUGAAUUUCGUUGCGGGACAUUCUUAUCAUUUGGAUCAACGUCCUGAUUUUGAACCUAUGCCUGAUUUCGCAAUGGACAAAUUUUUAGGAACGUGGUAUGCCGUGCAAACGACUUCAACGUCAAGGCCGUGUGUGAUGUAUGAGUUUACAAACUCACCGGAACAGGAUCUGACCAAUACAAAUUGUAUCAACUGCACAAACUGUGUAAGUUGUGUUAAUUGCAGAAACUGUGUAAAUUGUAAGUCUUGUACAAACUGCACAAAUUGUCAAAGACAGUACAACUGUACGAACUGCGAUAACUGUACGAAUUGUCAGCAUUGCACGAAAUGUGUGAAUUGCAAUGACAGCAUAAGCUGUACGGACUGUACAGACUGCAGACAGUGUACAAGCUGCACGAAUUGUAGAAGCUGCACAAACUGUAGAAGCUGCACAAACUGUACGGAUUUAUCGAAUUGCACGAGUGCUACAAAUGUAUCACACACCUGUCCCCGGUACCGAAUGACACAAACCAAUGGAGAUUCACCGAGAAAUUCAGCAAGAAAUUCACCGAGAAAUUCAGCUGCCAGAGCCAACAAUUACCAAUACGUCGGUCUGCUGCAACCCGACCCGAAUGUGCCGUCCAAGAUGUCUGUUUCCAGCCUUCCGUACGUGCCGGGGAAAUCGCCGUUCGUCGUGUUCGCCACUGAUUAUGUAAACUAUGCGGGCGCAUACUCUUUACAGAGAAAACCGUCCGGCCACAAAUAUGCUGUAACCAUUUUGUCGAGAUCAAAAGUCUUGGACAAAAGGUACCUGGAUAAGUUGCACGACCUAAUAGGUUCAUCCAGAACGAGUCCGUAUGCUCUGUCAGUCGUCGAUCAAUUGAACUGUAACCCUACUAACCAGAAUUUCAACGUUGAAAGUAAUGAAGAACCGUUUAGUGGUAAUAAAUAUAAAUACACGGUCACCAACGGACAAAGCGUCGGCAAUGUGAUUGACGAUGACAAGAAUGUCUACAUUUCGGUCGUCGAUGAGAUCAAUCCUGAAGCCUUUAAUGUUUGAAACAAAUCAUGUUUAACUUUUAGGUGAACGUUAUCUUUAAUUUAGUUUUACCACAAUUUUGUAAAUUUAAAACAAAAUCCAAUAAAUUUUAAAACAGGUCCCAGGCAUCUAUAAUAAUUGCAUUAAGUCAAUAUUAAAUAACACACUACAUCUUAAUUACUUUCAAUAGCAAAUUAAUGGUUAAAAUGUCAUUACAAACAAUACCUCACAAAAAGUGCAUACAAUGUUAACAACACAAAAUGCAAAUGAUGCAAUUUAUGUAGAUUCAUUUUAAUAGAUUGCCACAUUUUCCUGAAAUCUAAAUAAAAAUUUUAAUGACUUAAUAUAACGUCCAUGUUUUGGUUAUGAUCAAAAAAAAAUAUAUAAUUCAUGAUAUAAUAUUGUACAGGGUAAAUUUUUUAACGCCGUACAAUAAUUGUUGUUAAAAAAUUAUUCAGAUCAAAAAUGUUUAUUUUAUAUUUAAAUUGUUACGGUUUAAUACAAUUUUUAUAUUGAAAAAAAAUACACUGAAUUAUAAAUGAUUUA